UUGUGUUCCUGGGCCCGAGCUCUCGUCGAGUGCUGUAAGUAACCCUAAAGCGCAUGCUCACAAGUAACACGUGCUUUAAACAUGACUUCCGAGAGGCUUCAGUUCCAUGAGAUGGGGUUAGACGACCGUCUUUUAAAGGCGGUAGCUGACCUCGGAUGGGCCCAGCCGACUCUCAUUCAAGAAAAAGCCAUUCCACUGGCUCUCGAAGGGAAGGAUCUUUUGGCAAGAGCUCGGACUGGUUCAGGGAAGACUGCCGCCUACGCUGUACCGCUGAUUCAGCGGAUCCUCACCUCUAAGCAGACGGUGCGAGAGCAGGCAGUGCGAGCUUUAGUCCUGGUACCCACCAAAGAACUGGGACAGCAGGUACAGGCCAUGAUUCGCCAGCUCACCGCCUACUGUGCCAGAGACGUUCGUGUGGCCGACAUCUCAGGCAAAGCAGAGUUAUCAGCGCAAAGGCCAAUUCUGAUGGAAAAGCCAGAUGUUGUGGUGGGAACUCCAUCUCGGGUGCAAGCCCAUAUCAAAGCCCAGAACUUGGCGCUGCAUGCUCUGGAAAUGCUCGUCAUUGAUGAAGCAGACCUCGUUUUCUCUUUUGGCUUCGAGGCUGAUCUUAAGAACCUCAUCUGUCACUUGCCUAAGAUCUAUCAGGCUUUCUUAAUGUCUGCUACACUCAAUGACGAUGUUCAGGCCUUGAAGGAGCUCGUUCUACACAACCCUGUGACGCUGAAGCUACAAGGCUCCCAGCUUCCAGACAGCUCGCAGCUGCAGCAGUACAGUGUGAAGUGUGAGGAGGAGGACAAGUUUCUCCUCAUCUACACACUCCUCAAACUUGGCCUGGUGCGAGGCAAGACGCUCAUAUUCGUCGGCAGUCUGGAUCGCUGUUACAGGCUCAAGCUUUUCUUGGAGCAGUUCAGCAUUCCUUCCUGCGUCCUCAACUCCGAACUCCCCGUGCACUCGAGGUGUCACAUCAUAUCACAGUUCAAUCAGGGAUUCUAUGAUUACAUCAUAGCCACAGAUGAGCAAGGGCUUGACAACCCGACUGCUGAUUCCCAAAGUGCCGAGAGCAGUGGGAAGAAGAAGAAGAAGAAGAAGACAAAGAGUAAAACAGGCAAAGAUAAAGAAUAUGGUGUGUCCAGAGGCGUGGACUUCCAGAACAUCGCAAAUGUCAUAAACUUUGAUUUUCCCGCUUCUGUUGAAUCCUACAUCCACAGAGUUGGCAGGACUGCAAGGGCAGAUAACAAAGGCACAGCUCUCACAUUCAUCUCCCAUUCAGAGCUGUCGUUGCUGGAGGAGGUUGAGAGUGCUCUCACAGGAGACAGCGGAAACUGCGCCCUGAAGCCAUACGGGUUCAAAAUGGAUGAAAUAGAAGGAUUUAGAUACAGAUGUCGGGAUGCGAUGAGGUCUGUGACCAAGCAAGCAGUGAAGGAAGCCAGAUUAAAGGAGAUCAAGCAGGAGCUGCUCAACUCGGAGAAGCUUAAGAUGUACUUCGAAGACAAUCCGAGAGAUCUGCAACUGCUCCGUCAUGACAAAGACCUCCAUCCUGCGAUCAUCAAACUCCACCUGAAAAACGUGCCAGACUACUUGAUUCCUUCAACAAUGAAAAAUCUGGUCAACCCCCUCUCACGCCGGAAGAAGAAGAAGCUCAAGCCCAACCCAAAGGGAGUUGUGAAAACUGCCUUCAAGAAGAAUAUCAGAGGGAAGAACCCACUGAAGAGUUUCCGCUACACUGGGAAAGCCAGGAAGCAGAACAACAAAUCCUAACAGCACAGGAUUCAAUUUUUCUACAAACCAAUAGAGACAUUGGGAUAGAAAACACUCAUUAAUUCCCAACAUGCCAAGCUGGAUGGAUGUUCUUCAAGGACACACCUGCAUUGAACUGACUAUAAAGAAUAAAUAAAUUUCUUACACGGCAGUCAUAAAGUAUCAUAAAGUGUGCUGCUGAAUAACAUACCUGAGGAACGUGAACACACUCACUGAGAUGGUUUCUGAGGUAGAGCUGACGUUGAGAUGGUCAGUGCUGGACAUGUGAGAUCAUACCGACCGUUCCUUAAUAGCUUCACAUCCUUCACUCAGUUUUUAUGUGAAGAACAAGCUCCAAGGAGUUUUCCUUAAAAUGUAGAUCAGUGUGACAGCCUUGUUGGUCAUUGUAAUCAUUUAGAACUGAAACUAAAAUCACUUAAACCCAAACCAUCAUUGUAUCCUGAUGUUUAAAAUCAUUCAGUGUUCAUUCCAUCCUUCAAACCUUCUUCUAUUACUUAUAAUCCAAAAUAUGUAAAUUAAUGUUAACAGUUCUUUAAUGUCAGUUUUUGUUUUUAUUUGAUUGUAUUUUGUUCCUGAACAACAAGGCUAUUAUUAAGGCUGUUUUCUAGUUCAAAACAUAAUGAUGGUAAGUGAAACAUAAUUAAUAAUUUGCUAUCAUUUUCAUAUUGGUUUUAGUUUUAAAUGAUUACUUCACUGUUCUUACAGACUGUCAUGUAAAAAAAAAAAAAAAUCCCACAACCUGAGAUUCA